AUGACAGGGGACCGAGCGACAAUUUCUCGUGCCUAUUCGGUCGUCUCUCGUAUCUACGAGGAGGUCUUUAAUAUGGGAAAGCUGGAGCAAGCAGACACGCUAAUUGCCACCGCAUAUAUCGAUCAUAACCCAAUCGGUCUAGGGGGUAAAUCUGGCAUAGAAGGCUUCAAACAGACCGUGGUGACUCGUACCACCAUGCGGGGCACCCAUAAGAAUAGCUUUAUGGGGGUUGACCCAACUAACAAGCAGGUGACAGUGUCAGGAUUCGACAUCUUUCGGAUCGCCGAUGGGGUUGUUGCGGAACGGUGGGGAACGCUUGAUGGACUCACGCUCAUGCAACAGAUGGAGGUGUUCAUUCCGAUGGCGUGGCAAUACACGCUGCUGGGGUGCGCUAGACCAAGAGGAGCGUAA